CAGGAGGCGGCAACCUUCUGUGGAAACGACCUGGUGUUGGAGAAAAGAACCCCACAAGACAGGCACAUGACGUCACCAAACAGCAACAUGGUGGUCGAGUUUCAUUCAGACUUCUCAAAUGGUGAACCUUUUCUUGGAUUCGUUGCACAUUACCAAGCUACAGAUGUCAAUGAGUGUUUGGUAAACAAUGGCGGGUGUGAGCAAGUGUGUCAUAACUUCGAAUCUGGAUAUUACUGUUCAUGUCGACUGUAUUACCAGCUACAGCCAGAUAAUCACCACUGCAAAGUUUCUUGCAGGGAUAUUGUUUAUACCUCAGAUGAAGAUGAGUUCCAGACUCCUGACUAUCCUGACGAUUAUCCGCCGAAUGCUGAUUGUAACUGGCUGAUAAAUGUCGACAUCGGAUACUCCAUCAACAUUGUGUUUUAUACAUUCCAGAUAGAAUCACAUCCAACUGUACUCUGUCCUUACGACUAUGUCAAGAUUGUUUAUGACAAUGAGGUUAGAGGGCCACUCUGCGGCGAGUUGCCAACUGAUCUACCGUUAAGUAUCACUACAAUUGGGAACGUAGCCAAUGUGACGUUUCAUUCUGAUGACUCGGAACAGCGAAUGGGAUUCCGUGCCCGGUAUUACGUCACAGGGCGAUCUUGUUCACCACUACACCCUCCUACAUAUGGCUGGAUAUCAGGAAGUAACUUUACCAUUCGAUACACUGUAACAUUCAGCUGUAUGGAUGGUUAUUAUAUUCAAGGAUCCAGGUCAAGGUCAUGUAAAUCAGAUGGUUCAUGGUCUGGUGUCCAACCUGUCUGUAAUAUGGUAACUUGUGACGUCCCACAGCCCAUCAGUAACGGUGAGAUCUUGUACUACUCCGGUAGGAAUUUCAGCUACUCCAACUCCAUUGGUUUUGUGUGUAACGAUUAUUAUGAAAUAGACGGACCGAGUUCGAGUCAAUGUGGUAUACACGGAACAUGGACGCCGGAGCCGCCAGUGUGUGAACCAAUAUGUGGUGAGAGUUCUAUUCCUCCACGGAACCAUCCUAACGGUGGACGUAUUACCGGUGGUCGUGAGGCUACACCAGGCUCAUGGCCAUGGCAAGUACUCCUUAUGAUCAACGCCCCUCGGUAUGACAUCUUUGAUAACUCCAUCUGUGGUGGCUCUGUUCUGAAUGAGGAAUGGAUUAUGACUGCUGCUCACUGUGUCACAGGGAGCUACGAAGAAAGACCAAGAUUCUACGGCCAUGAAAUACCCAUAGAUACCGUGGACAUAGCACUGGGACUUCACAAGAGAACAAUGCCCACUGAAAACACUAUUGUUAGAUCUGUUCGUGAAAUCAUCAAGCAUCCAAACUUUGAUCGUUCAACCUACGAGUCCGAUAUAGCAUUAAUUCAUCUCAAUGAAUCCAUCCAAUUCAAUGACGUCAUACGACCAAUCUGUCUCCCACCACAAAGCACACACUUUAAGGUGGAUGACGACGAACGCGUUUACAUCCCUAACGUAGCCGACGAGGAUACAACGGCGGUUGUGAUUGGCUGGGGACGGCUGGAUCUGAACAGACCGACCUCUAAUGUGUUGCGAGAGGUACACGUCGGUGUUGAUGUACCGCGGGUAUUAUGUAACGCGAAACUACCUCAAACUGUGACUCGUAACAUGGUUUGCGCAGGACCCAGAGAAGGUGGGCGUGACGCUUGUAAGGGAGAUAGUGGGGGCCCAUUAAUGCUUCGAGAUGCUACUACCAAUCGCUACUUUUCAUAUGGAAUGGUAUCGUGGGGAGACGGAUGCGCAAAUGAAGGCAAGUUUGGUGUGUAUGUGCGCAUGGAGAACUUUGUGAAUUGGAUCCAAUCACAGAUCGUUGUUGAGCGUUAAAGAAAGGAUGUUGUGUCGAUUACAAUCUUUAAAAAUCCUUUCUUUCUUCUCUACUUUCUUGUCUGGUGCUUUUUGUUCGUUUGUGGUUGUCUGCUUGUCUGCUUUAUUUGUUGCUAUUUUUUAGUAUGUGCCUUUCUUUCUUUGUAAUUUGCUAUUAAUAUCUGUUGAAAUUUCUGUCUGUGGACGUUCAUUAAUCAUACAUAUUUAUACGAGUAAUUUAUUAAAACAUCCG